AUGGCUCUUACUAAAACAUGCUUAGUCCUUCUUCUCUGCCUGGGUUUCUAUUCUGAAACCAUUAAGUCUCAGAACUGCGGUUGUGCCCCAACCCUAUGUUGUAGUCAGUACGGUUAUUGCGGUACUGGAACAGCCUACUGUGGUCCAGGUUGCCGAUCAGGUCCUUGCACUGGCACCCAAGGCGAUAGUCUUGGCACCAUUGUUUCACAAGCUUUCUUUGAUGGUAUUAUCAGUCGAGCUGAUAAUACCUGCGCAGGAAAAAGAUUCUACACACGUGAUUCUUUCAUUAGCGCCGCUAAUACUUUCCCUAGUUUUGUCAAUUCCGUUAACAAGCGUGAAAUUGCGACUGUGUUUGCUCAUUUCGCCCAGGAGUAUAAUAAACACGCUAAGUGUACAAAAAUUUAUGAAGAGAUAGAGGGAGUAUCACGAAACUAUUGUGACGACAAGAAUUUCCCACAAUAUCCAUGUGCACCGGGAAAAACCUACUACGGUCGUGGUCCAAUUCAACUAUCAUGGAACUACAACUACGCACCCUGUGGGCAGAGUCUCGGUCUCGACCUUCUACGCCAGCCCGAGCUCGUAGGUAGCAAUCCUACUGUAGCUUUCAGGACAGCUUUGUGGUUCUGGGUGAAUAACGUAAGGCCGGUACUGAGCCAAGGAUUUGGAGCCACCAUUAGAGCCAUCAACGGAAAAUUAGAGUGUGACGGUGCAAACACAGAGAAGGUUAAUUCAAGGAUCAGGUACUAUAGAGAGUAUUGUGCUCUGCUUGGUGUUGACCCUGGUCCUAACCUUAGCUGCUAA